UUCUCUCUUUGUAUGUGUUACGCUACUUGUAGGUACCUUUACGAGUGUAAGGGGGCAACUUGACCCUUGCUUCUAUGAUGAGGUGUGCCCUAAAGCUCUUCCUGCCAUUAAGAUGAUCGUCGAGCAAGCCAUCGAGCAAGAACCACGCAUGGGCGCGUCGCUACUCCGACUCCAUUUCCACGAUUGCUUCGUUAACGGUUGUGAUGGUUCUGUUUUAUUGGAUGAUACACCGACCUUCACUGGGGAGAAAAAUGCAGCUCCAAACAAGAACUCUAUUAGGGGGUUUGAUGUAGUAGAUAAAAUUAAAGAAGCUGUUAACUCUGCUUGCAAUGGUAAUGUAGUUUCGUGCGCCGAUAUCUUGGCGGUGGCGGCUCGCGACUCUGUUGUGGCCUUGGGAGGCCCUUCCUACAAUGUGGAGCUUGGUCGCCGCGACUCGCUGACGGCAAGCCAGCGCGCGGCCAACCGGAGCAUCCCUGCCCCGACGCUCAACUUCACCGGCCUCCUCUCCAACUUCCAGUCCCAUGGCCUCUCCAUGCAGGACCUCGCCGCCCUCUCCGGCGGCCACACCCUCGGCUUCGCCCGGUGCACCUCCUUCCGCAGCCGCCUCUACAACGAAACCGCCACCCUCGAUUCCUCCCUCGCGGAGUCCCUCAAAUCUCGAUGCCCCCUAAACGGAGGCGAUGACAACCUCGCAGGAUUAGACGGAUCCCCAACGACGUUCGACACGUUCUACUACGACGGGCUUUUGCAGAAGAAAGGGCUUCUCCACUCGGACCAGCAGCUGUACAAAGGUGACGGGAGUGGGAGUGAUGGGCUCGUGAGGUUUUACGCCGAUAACCCGGUGGCCUUUUGGCAAGCUUUCGCAGCGUCAAUGCUGAAGAUGGGGAGCAUGAAGCCUCUCACUGGGAAGAAGGGGGAGAUUAGGGUGAACUGUAGGAAGGUGAAUUAAUUGAUGAGGGUUUUGAUUUGUGGUGCAUGGUUUAUUUUAUGGUCUACGUGUUCGUGCAUGCAUGCAUGUUCUUAGCUUGGGUUUGUUAAUUUCAUUUUCAUGUACUACACGUACGUACGUGCAUGCUUUUGUUUGAUUUGAGGUCGUGUUUGUGAGGGAUUGUGUGAGGCACCUAAUAAGACAAAUGUAACACUUAAGUUGUUAAUUUCAAGGAAAAAUAUUUAAGCAUUGGUAUUUUAA